AUGCUCGCGAGCGCAUGUCCCGGCUGGAUAUGCUACGCGGAGAAAACGCACGCGGAGAUGCUGCCGUUCAUCAGCACGACGAAGAGUCCGCAGCAGGUGAUGGGCACCCUGGUCAAGGAGUGGAUGGGCGCGAAGUGGGGCAGACGUCCUGAUCAGAUAUACCACGUCACGGUCAUGCCGUGCUACGACAAGAAGCUGGAGGCGUCGCGGCAGGACUUUUACAACGAGAUGUACGCGACACGCGACGUCGACUGCGUGAUCACGACCGGCGAGCUGGAGCUGCUCAUGCGCGAGAAGCAGUGGGAUCUAUCGAUGCCCGUCCCCGGCGAAGCCGAAGCCGCGCCCGCGCGCGGAGAUGGCGACGAGAUUGAGUUACCCGAGCUGAUAGUGCACCCAGGCACGAGCUCGGGAUCUUAUCUGCAGUCGCUGAUCGCGCUGCUGCUCGCCGACGCGCGCGAGCUCGAGCUUGCGGUGCGCACCGUGCGCGGCGCGGACUACGAGGAGUACACGCUCGCGGACCGCGCGACGGGCGCGGUCGUGUUCAAGGGCGCCAAGUGCUACGGCUUCCGCAACCUGCAGAACGUCGUGCGAAAGGUCGGGCGCGAGGCGGGCGUGCAGAUCGGGCGCGGGGCGGCCGGGCGGAUGGCGGCGCUCCGUGGGCGCGGGCGCGGGCGGAAGGGCGACGCGGGGGACGUGGAGAAAGGAUACGACUACGUCGAGGUGAUGGCGUGCCCGGGCGGCUGCGUGAACGGCGGUGGGCAGUUGCGUCCGCAGGCGGUGCAGCCGCAGACGGACGCCGAGGGGUAUCAGCGCGACUGGGCGGUGGGCGGCGUUAAGGUGGACGGAGAUGGGGUGCCGCCUGGUUCUGAUGCGCGGUGGGGAACGAGGGAGUGGACGCGGAAGGUCGAAGAGGCGUAUUGGCAUGCGCCGCCAACCCCUCCACCGUCACCCGGGCAUGAAGACGACCGCGUCCGUGCACCAGACAGGGAGCAGCAUGUCACACAAAAUGCCGAGCGCCUCGCCGCUGAGAUCCUGGUGGACCUGUGUCGGCCGCAGACACCCGCCAUGUCGGAGAUGAGAUGGAACGCAACGAUGGACGCAGAAGCCGAAGAACGUCGGCGGCGCUUGUUCCGGACCCAGUAUAAAGCAGUAGAAAGUGAGGUGGUUGGACUCGCAGUCAAGUGGUAG